UUUCAAGCAUCUCAACAGCCAAAAAGUGAAAUACACAGAGAAAGUGUCCAGACCGGUUUCUUUUUAAUUUCUUGAGACAUCCACGUUGUCACUUCUAAUUGUUUGAAGACUAUAAAUUGGAUAAUUAGGCACCUUUAUUAUGUCAUCGUUACCUGAAGUAUUUAUUGUUUCUGCCGCUAGAACUCCAAUCGGUAGUUUUCAAGGAGCUUUUAACAGCUUGACAGCACAUGAUCUUGGUGCUGUUGUCAUUAAGGAAGUAGUCAAUCGAGCCAACUUAAUUGCAUCAGAUGUCGAUGAAGUGAUUUUAGGACAAUCAUUGCAAGCUGCUCAAGGACAAAAUCCAGCAAGGCAGGCUGCUUUGAAAGCUGGACUACCAAUUGAAGUGCCUGCUUAUGGUGUUAAUAUGCUUUGUGGGUCUGGACUAAAAUCUGUUGGCCUUGGAUUUCAAGCUAUCAAAAAUGGAGAUUCAAAAAUUGUAGUUUGUGGUGGUCAGGAAAGCAUGACAAGAGCCCCGCAUGCAAUGAAUUUGAGAAGCGGAACAAAAAUGGGAAAUUCAACAAUGGUUGAUACAAUGAUUGUUGAUGGCCUUACUGAUGCAAUGAAUAACAUCCAUAUGGGCGAAACUGCUGAAAAUCUCGCAAAGAAAUAUGAAGUCACGAGAGAGCAACAAGAUGAAUUUGCUGCCAAAUCUCAAAGAUUAGCUGCUGAAGCUCAAAAGGCUGGAUAUUUUGAUGAAGAAAUUGUUUCAGUUUCAGUGCCUGGACGUAAAGAAACUAUUACAGUUUCCAAAGAUGAAUAUAUCAAGGGUGACACGAAUGUCGCUGGAUUAGCAAAACUACGUCCAUGCUUCAUAAAGGAAGGAACAGUAACAGCUGGAAAUGCCUCAGGAAUUAACGAUUCAGCUGCUUGUGUUUUAUUGGCAUCAGCAGAGGAAGUACUCAAGAGAAACUUAAAACCAUUGGCUAAAAUCGUUGCAUUCUCGCAAGCUGGAUGCGAUCCAAAGAUAAUGGGAGCAGGACCAAUUGAAGCAGUUCCAAAAGUCUUGGAGAAAGCAGGAUGGAAAUUAGAGGAUGUCGAUCUGUUCGAGUUAAAUGAAGCUUUUGCAGCACAAGCAUUAUCCGUUAAUAAAGGACUUAAAGUAGAUGAGACAAAAGUAAACAUAAAUGGUGGUGCGAUUGCUUUAGGACAUCCAAUUGGUGCCAGUGGAGCAAGAGUUUUAGUAACUUUAUUGUAUGCAUUGAAACGUACAGGAAAGAAGCGUGGUGUUGCAAGUUUGUGCAUUGGAGGUGGUAUGGGAGUCGCAAUGGCUGUAGAAAUGGCAUAAAACAUGCCCAUUGACCAAAAAAUCAGCCUUAAAUAAAUUAAGAGCUUAAAGCUAUUCAAAAUUAGAAAUCUGGUUGAAGGAUGUCUGUGGAUAAAAAUGUUUUUUUUUGGAACUUAUUCUGGGCUCAAGGUGCUAUAUGUUAAAAUUCUCUUAAAUAGAUUUUGUAAGCUGAUUAAGGUUGACAAUACUUAUACUCUCG